CUCGGGCCAGAGCCGCGCGCUCUUUCUCCGACAGCUGCUCCGAGUGCCCAGCGUGCCGCGCCGCGCGUCCUGUCCGUCUGUCCCCGCGGGUCGUGCCCACCGCCGCCGCCGCCGCGCCAUGACCACCCAGCAGAUAGUCCUCCAGGGCCCGGGACCAUGGGGCUUCCGCCUCGUGGGCGGCAAGGAUUUCGAGCAGCCUCUCGCCAUUUCCCGAGUCACUCCUGGAAGCAAGGCUGCUAUAGCUAAUUUAUGUAUUGGAGAUAUAAUCACGGCCAUCGAUGGGGAAAAUACCAGCAAUAUGACACAUUUGGAAGCUCAGAACAAAAUCAAAGGCUGCACAGACAAUAUGACUCUCACAGUAAACAGAUCUGAACAAAAAAUCUGGUCUCCCCUAGUGACUGAGGAGGGGAAGCGACAUCCAUACAAGAUGAAUUUAGCCUCUGAACCUCAAGAGGUCCUGCAUAUAGGAAGUGCCCACAACCGAAGUGCCAUGCCAUUCACUGCCUCACCUGCCUCCAGCAUGGCCCCCAGGGUCAUCACCAACCAGUAUAACAACCCAGCUGGCUUGUACUCUUCUGAAAACAUCUCCAAUUUCAACAACGCUGUGGAUUCAAAGACUUCAGUCAGUGGGGAGGAGGCAAAUGGCAGACCUUUCGACCAUCCUCCGUCUUCAGGCGGCCUUGUCAUUGACAAAGAAUCUGAGGUUUACAAGAUGCUACAGGAGAAGCAGGAGUUAAAUGAGCCCCCGAAACAGUCCACAUCAUUCCUGGUUCUGCAGGAAAUCCUGGAAUCAGAGGAAAAAGGGGAUCCCAACAAGCCUUCAGGAUUUAGGAGUGUUAAAGCUCCCGUCACCAAAGUGGCUGCCUCAAUUGGAAAUGCUCAGAAGUUACCCAUGUGUGACAAAUGUGGCACCGGCAUUGUUGGUGUGUUUGUGAAGCUGCGGGACCGUCAUCGCCACCCUGAGUGUUACGUGUGCACUGACUGCGGAACCAACCUAAAACAGAAGGGCCAUUUCUUUGUAGAGGAUCAAAUCUAUUGUGAAAAGCAUGCCCGGGAGCGGGUCACACCACCUGAGGGUUACGAUGUGGUCACUGUGUUCCCCAAGUGAUCCAGAAGAUCUGUAUAAACCGCUGCUCUCCAGCCAGCCUUUACAGCACCUUGUUUGCUGAGUGUUCUGGUCCUCUCCUGAAAGUCCCCUGCUUCCUUUGGGAUUAUCCUUGCUCAUUAAAUGUUGAGUCCCCCUUCUUCAGGUAAUGACUCACAUUGGUUGUGUGAUGCCUACUUUUACAACUAAUGGGAAGUGGUUUUGUACAUUGUCCUAUUGCCACCAUCACUGUGCACCUUCCUCACCUUGGGUCUUCUCUGGACACCAGCCACAUUUGAACAAAACCAAAUUUAAUAUGUCUACAUUGUUUUCAUUUUUACUCAAUAAAUUUA